GUGUCUGCUGACGUCCAUUGCGAGCAUCACUGCAUCCAACAUUUAUCCCAACAGCCGACUCCACCUCUCCAAAACGGGGAAAAAACUAUAAUUUAUUAGGACUAAAUCAGAAUCAAGCUCCGUUUAUUGUAUUGGUUUCAUUAUCUUUAACAAUGGAGUUGUACGGGAAGAUGGCUGCUACGCAAGACAACAAACAAAAGGAGAGCUCUGAUCAAAACUUUGAUUACAUGUUCAAGCUGUUGAUCAUCGGGAACAGCAGCGUCGGAAAAACAUCUUUCCUCUUCCGCUACGCCGACGAUACUUUCACAUCUGCCUUUGUCAGUACAGUGGGCAUCGACUUUAAGGUCAAAACCAUUUAUAAGAGCGACAAAAGGAUCAAGCUUCAGAUCUGGGACACAGCUGGGCAGGAAAGGUACAGGACUAUCACCACAGCCUACUACAGAGGCGCCAUGGGCUUCAUCCUAAUGUAUGACAUUACCAACGAGGAGUCUUUUGCUGCUGUUCAGGACUGGGCGACCCAGAUUAAAACAUACUCUUGGGACAAUGCCCAGGUGAUCCUCGCAGGAAACAAAAGCGACAUGGAUGAGGAAAGGAUCGUGUCUGUGGACAGUGGGAGACUGCUGGCGGAACAGCUGGGAUUUGAGUUUUUCGAGACAAGUGCAAAGGACAACGUCAACAUCACGCAGACAUUUGAGCGUUUGGUGGACAUCAUUUGCGACAAGAUGUCAGACACUCUUGAGGCCGACCCAGCGGUUUCCACGGGAACGCCCACAACCAGACUAACUGACAACACGGCGCCACCGCAACAAUCUGACUGUAGCUGCUAGUGUUCCCCGUCCAGGCCGUUCGCUUGUGGCUCGAGCGCUGUCGCCAAGCUUCUGUAUUCUGAAACAGAGAAUCAGUUACUGAACCCCAAAUCUUUGACCUGGCUUCAACUCCUAGUUUUUUGGUGUUAAUGACAUAGCAAACUAGCAAGAUUGUGCCAAACAGAAGUGUCAAACCGUGUCCUUAAUGCCUUUAUACCAGUAUACAGGUCUUAUUUCAGGGGUUGCUAGUGUACCUGUAUCCUCGAUACCACAAUAUCUCCUGUAUUCGUAAUCCACAGUUACAUUAUAUAGAGUCAAACUUUAGAUUCUCCACAUCAUUCCCACGUCUCUCAGGGGAAUUAUAAACUUCUGCAAAUGUAUGAAUUCUAUAUACUUGUCUAACUUUUGUGUAGCGUGAGAGGAUGUUGUACUCGCAUUUUGCUGAUGAGUUGGUUGGAUAUGUUUGUGUGCAACUGUGUGUACGGAUAAUGAUCGCGAAAGCUUAAAAGUAUGAGAAAAUAAAUAAAUGUGGCCUUGAAAUGA